CACAGGUCUGACAGGACAUUGACAUGGCAUGAACAUGUGCUAAUGCACAUGACAUGAUAACCUAGAGAAAUUAUCUAACGACCAACACGUCCGUUAUCUUUUGAGCGACCCUGUAACUUUUCUAUUAUUGAAAGCAUGGAGGUCACAGGAGCUACACAGAUACCCGCCAUCUCAGAACUUGCAGCAAAGGCAAAAAAGGCCUUUGUUGACAAAUUUGGGUGUGAACCACAAUGUGCAGCUUAUGCCCCGGGGAGGGUCAACCUCAUCGGGGAACACACCGACUACAACGAGGGAUUUGUUUUCCCCAUGGCACUUCCACAAGUAACUGUUUUCGUUGGAAGAAAGUCAGAAGGGAAUGUCUGCCGUGUUCUUACUCUUGCCGAUUCGGUUGAUGCCCCUAAUUAUGUGGAAUUCCCAGUCCCUUCAGCUGAGACGCCCUUAAAGCCUGGCACACCAAAGUGGGCAAACUAUGUCAAAGGGGUUGUGGCAAAUUACAAAGGAAAUGUUGUCCCAUUUGAUGCGGUUGUGAUUUCCUCAGUACCUCUAGGAGGGGGCGUGUCUAGCUCCGCCUCCCUAGAAGUAGCCACCUAUACCUUUCUGGACGUCCUCACUAAUGGUGGAGCAGACGUAUCUAAGAAAGACAAGGCUCUGGCUUGUCAGAAGGCAGAGCAUGAGUUUGCAGGGAUGCCCUGUGGAAUUAUGGACCAGUUUAUUUCUGUCAUGGGACAAGAGGGUCAUGCUCUACUUAUAGAUUGCAGGUCAAUGGAGGGUCAACUGGUUCCCAUGAAUGACCCAAAUGUGGUUGUCUUGGUAACCAAUUCCAAUGUCAAGCAUGAAUUAACGGGCUCGGAAUAUCCAACCAGGAAGAAGCAGUGUGAAGUGGCGGCCCAGCUGAUGGGAAAGAAAAGCCUUAGGGAGGCCACCAUGAAGGAUUUAGAAGAAAUGAAAAGUAAACUCGAUGAUGUGACGUAUAAGAGAGCACGUCAUGUAAUAGGGGAGAUAAUUCGCACAGAAGAGGCAGCUAAAUGUUUGGAGCUCGGAGAUUACAACAGAUUUGGAAAACUCAUGGUGGAGAGUCACAAUGCAUUGCAAGAUGACUACGAGGUAUCUUGUCCAGAGCUAGACGAGCUGGUUUCAGCAGCGAUGGAGGUAGAUGGGGUGUAUGGAUCCAGAAUGACUGGGGGUGGAUUCGGGGGGUGCACCGUUACUCUGCUGAAGAAGGAGGCAGUGGAGAAGGCCAUCCAGCAUAUACAGAAGCGCUACAGUCAGACGGCGACAUUCUAUGUGUGUCCCCCAGCAUCGGGAGCUGCCCCCCUGUCCCUAGCCUGAGGUCACUCUGUGUUCUGUAGCUGGAGAUUCCAUC